AAUCAAUAAUUCAGAUAAAACCACGAAAACAAGAGAAGAAGAAAAAGAAGAUAUAGAUAUCGAAGAAGUGCAGAAAUUUUCAGAGGAACUGCGUCAUGCUGCUGCAGCGGAACAAAUUAGGCAGCGUGCGCCCACCGAAGCGUUGCAGGAGCGAUAUGGACAACACCUCCACCUCGGACAUUGUCAUCAUCAAUGGCAACUCGCAUCCGGAUCUCGCCAACAUGGUUGCCGAGCGCAUGGGCCUGAAGAACGGCGGCUGUUCCGUCUUCCACAAGUCCAACCGCGAGACGAUUGUCGAGAUCAGUGACUCGGUCCGGGGCAAGGACAUCUACAUCAUCCAGACGGGCACCAAGGAUGCCAACAACAACAUUAUGGAGCUGCUCAUCAUGGCUUAUGCGUGCAAGACCUCAUCGGCCCGCUCCAUCGUUGGCGUGAUCCCGUACUUGCCGUACUCGAAGCAGUGCAAGAUGCGCAAACGUGGCUGCAUCGUCUCCAAGCUGCUGGCCAAGAUGAUGUGCACCUCGGGCCUCACGCACAUCAUCACAAUGGAUCUGCACCAGAAGGAGAUCCAGGGCUUCUUCGACAUACCCGUGGACAAUCUGCGGGCCUCGCCCUUCCUUCUGCAGUACAUCCAGGAGAGCAUACCCGAAUAUCGGAAUUCCGUGAUUGUGGCCCGCAAUCCAGGAGUGGCCAAAAAGGCCAACUCGUACGCGGAGCGACUGCGCCUGGGCCUGGCCGUCAUCCAUGGGGAGCAAAAGGAGGCAGAGAGCGAUGAGGUCGAUGGCCGGUACUCGCCUCCACCGACCAGCAGCAGCAGCCGUCAGCGGACCACCUCGGUGUCGGUGGGCGUGCCGGAGCACCCGGUUAAGGUCAAGCCGCCGCUCACGAUUGUGGGCGAUGUAAAUGGACGCAUAGCCAUCAUGGUGGAUGAUCUGAUUGAUGAUGUCCAAUCGUUUGUGGCCGCCGCCGAGAUGCUGAAGGAGAACGGAGCCUGCAAGAUCUACGUGCUGGCCACGCACGGUCUGCUCAGCUCGGAUGCGCCCCGUCUGCUGGAUGAGUCCUGCAUUGAUGAGAUCGUUGUCACCAAUACCAUUCCACACGAGAUACAGAAACUGCAGUGCCACAAAAUCAAGACGAUCGACAUCUCCAUACUGAUCGCCGAGGCCAUACGCCGCAUCCACAACAAGGAGUCCAUGUCGUAUCUCUUCCGCAACGUAACCCUGGAGGACUAAGGCCACUCCACAGCACACGCGCAGUCACACACUCACCCAUACACUCGCCUACACUUUCAGUUCAUUCUGUUGAAGUCACAAAAAUGUUUCAUACAAGGAUCCUUUAGGGGUCUCUCUUCUGCUAUAUAUUGUUUUUUUUUUUUCGCUUUAGAAACCAUUGGAAGGCGCCCAGCGCUCGCUCGUUUGCUCAAAUAAACCAAGAAUCCAAUACACACUUUUCCACUGAUUAGCAUGGCAUACUUUUAGGCACUAUCCUACACCCCACACACUACACUACACUGAAAAGCACUCCCACUCGUUUCGUGUAUUUCUCCAGGAUACCAUCACCAUUCGUUUUUUCUAGUCUUAAGCUCUGCUAGGCCCCACAAUACUUUGUCGAAAUAAAUUCUGAUUGUACUCAAA